CUCGAGCCGGUUGUGUGAAGCAGUUGGAAGCAUAGUAAGUGAUGUUGAUAUUUCGAACAAUUCCCUGUCAAUGAAGAGAAGUGGGUAGGCGUCGACAUGCGCGCAUUGAGGCAGCGAAAAAGAGGCACCGUGGCCAGCUCCCGGGAAGGCAGCGAGGAUCGCCUGCAAGCCGCGGACGUGCACGUCGUUCUAGGCUCCGUAAAAUUCAUAGUCCCCAGAGAAGUCGAAGUAAACAGUCUGCGUCUCAUCGCAGACAAAACCUUCAACGUCGGCUGUCAACCUUCUCGUCCUGACAUACCUGGCCUGGACACCUUGAACCAGAGCAGAGUCUUGGUUCCACCAGCAUCCAGGAGCCGUCCAACGUCCCAGCGCAUCUAGUCGUCAUCGGCGGCGGUUACACCGGCCUAGAAUUCGCGCAGCGGUUUCGCCGCCUGGGCUGUGAAGU